AUCCGCUCAUUUUGUUACUGUUGGAUGAGAACGCGGCGUGUGUGCGUGAUUAUUACGAGAGCUGCUGUAUAUUGUAUAUACCCAUCAAACAAAAAUCAAUUCGAAGGGUGAAGUGCGUGUAGUAAAAUCAUAGGAGCUUAUCAUUCGAUUAAAGACAAUAUCAAACGUUUCCAAGAAUGGAGCGCAUUCUGAGAGGUGUGAUGCGGUAUCGUAAUACGACGCGCGAGCAAAUGGUCAAAGAGUUCCAGAAAGUGCGCGAUAAUCCAGAGCCCAAGGCCGUGUUUUUCACCUGCAUGGACAGUAGAAUGAUUCCCACCAGAUAUACGGACACUCACGUGGGCGAUAUGUUUGUGGUGAGGAAUGCGGGAAAUCUGAUACCCCAUGCCCAGCACUUUCAGGAUGAGUACUUCAGCUGCGAGCCGGCAGCCCUGGAGCUGGGUUGUGUGGUGAACGAUAUCCGGCACAUCAUUGUAUGCGGACACAGUGAUUGUAAGGCCAUGAAUCUGUUGUACCAGCUAAGGGAUCCGGAGUUUGCUUCCAAGUUAAAUCGACGACUCUCUCCGCUGCGUUCAUGGCUCUGCACGCAUGCCAACACCAGUCUGGAGAAAUUUCAGGAAUGGCACGAUGCUGGAAUGAAAGAUCCCAUAUUUUUCUCUUCCGAAACGCCCCUUCGUCGUUUCGUGGCCUACAUAGACUCGGAGAAAAAGUUCGCCAUUGAGGAUAAGCUUUCCCAAAUCAAUACGCUUCAGCAGAUGUCGAACAUUGCCUCGUAUGGCUUCCUUAAGGCGCGCCUGGAGUCACAUGAUCUCCAUAUACACGCGCUUUGGUUCGAUAUCUAUACGGGAGACAUCUACUACUUUAGUCGCGGAGCCAAGCAGUUCAUAGCCGUUGACGAGGACAGCGUGGAUCGUCUGUCCGCUGAGGUUCGAAGGUUCUACUCGUAGGCCAGAUAUACAUAUGGAUUUUCUGGAUUAUCUGUGAUAUGUGCAAC